AUGCGAGCAUCUCUUCUACUCUUUUUCCUUCUAACCACUACUACCAUGGCAACUAUCAACCAGUCAAACUUCCGACAACAAAAUGUUGAAUUUUUGUUCAACAUGUUCAAAGACUACAAAGUUAUCCAGGAGCCAAACCAUCCGAUUUUCUACCAAGGUAUGGCAUUCUACUGGUACGGUGCCUACGUCCCAUCCGCCGAACGACCGCAAUCCUGUAUCAUCCUCGCUUCCCACCCAGAUUGGCCAUUCGACAGAAAUGUAUUCAGAAAUGGAACAAUCCCAACUGCAGCCGUUUUCGGAUGUCAGGCAGGCAAAAUGUGCCAAGGGGCCAAAUGUGUCGAGCCGUUGACCCAUUUUAAUGUCGUCACCUACACUCUCGUCGGAGUCGUCAUUAUUCUCAUCAUUUGUCUGCUGGGAGGUAAAUCGAGAGCCGCCAAAAGGAACCAGCAAGCAGAGCCACCGAGAGGAGCCACCGAGGUUUUCGAGCGUCCGCGUCGUCGAGCGCCACGAGACCCAUCCUUUGAUAAUCUGUUCUCACCACCACCGAGCAUGCCACGUGACAAUCGAGUAAGAUUCAUGAGCCCACCAGAAUAUACUGAAUAG